AGGUGUGAUAUUAUUGAGUUCUAUAACUACUGACACAGUCUGAAAUUCCACUGAAGUCUGUUUCCAAGUUCAACAACUUUUAAAAUCCCAACUUUUCUUGUGUAUUCAGACUUUUCAUAACUGAACAGGGAUGAAGCGAGUGUUCCAUAUCAGUGGCGGUAAAGGUGGUGGGGGAAUUCAGUAUGCCUGGCAAAAGUCGCUUGGGAACUACAUAGCUACUUCCAGCAAUGACAAUCUUGUGAAGAUCCAUGACAGACAUGGUGACCUUAAACAAGAAAUUCAGCUCCAGGGGCCUUGUACUGGGCUGGGUUGGGAUAAGGAUGGGGACACUCUGGCCAUAAUCAACGACAAGAACACAAACAUCACCAUGUGGGAUGCCAACACGGGCAAGACCUCACAGCUAGACAGUGGCCUUAGGGACCCACUAAGCUUCCUAUUGUGGGCGAAGGCAGGGCCCUAUUUGGCGGUGGGCACCCAGAAGGGAAACCUCCUCAUCUACAACCACCAGACUUCCAGAAAAAUCCCAAUCAUUGGCAAGCACUCCCGUAAGAUCACAUGUGGAUCAUGGAGUAACGAGAACCUGCUGGCCCUGGGCAGUGAGGAUAAGUCUAUUACGAUCAGCAACGCAGAGGGGGACACACUAAGACAGACAUCCAUGCGUGCUGACCCUGGGGACGUUCAGUUUUCGGAAAUGAAAGGGGAUGAGAGGUCGGCCAUGGGGGAAAACACUGUGAGUGUCGUAGUUGGCAGGAAGACCUUGUUCCUUUACAACAUGCACGAUGCCGAAAACCCCAUAGAGCUCGCCUUCCAGGCCAAGUACGGAGAGAUCAAGUCAUACAAAUGGUAUGGAGAUGGGUAUAUCAUGAUUGGGUUUUCCCACGGCUACUUUGUUGUCAUAUCAACACAUCUGAAAGAAAUUGGACAGGAGCUGUUCCAGGCCAGGAACCACAAGGACCACCUUAGCUGUGUAGCCAUCUCUUUGUCCUUGAACAAAGCAGCUUCUUGUGGCGAUAACUGUAUCAAGAUCCACGACCUCUCUGACCUGAAGGAGAUGUUUGCCAUUAUAAACCUGGAUGAUGAGCGCUCCCUUGAUCGUAUGGAGUGGACAGAGGACGGUCAGCUGCUGGCUGUCACCUCGACCAAGGGAAAUCUGUAUGUGUACCUGACCAGUCUCCCCAUGCUGGCAGCCACACAGCAGACACGUAUUGCGCACCUGACAUCACUGCUCGAGGUUACUAUUGAGGAUAAUAUCAACCAGGACCAGCCAGCCACCAUUGCUGUAGACGUUGAGCCAUCUUUCUUGGGUCUUGGUCCCUAUCACCUGGCUGUCGGCAUGAACAACAGAGCGUGGUUCUACCUCCUUGGAGAUAAUGUUAUCCAUGGGCAGUCUAAUGGCUUGGAGCAGUUGAAAGACCGGGAAUACCUGGGAACUGUCCACUCAAUCAAACUGAAUUCUGACUACGCUUCCGCGCAUUUCGAGGAUAAAAUACAGCUUCAUAUGCUUCCACCAGAUUCCUCUAAAAUCGAGGGAGAGACAACUGGCACCACAGAUGAACGAGAAAGUAAGCUGUUCCCUGACAAGGACAUCAACCAGACACACAUCACCUGUCAUGACAUGACGCCAGAGUUCCUUAUAUAUGGCACUGAUAAUGGAGGCUUGUUCUAUUUCUACAUUGAGGACUGGCAGUAUGUGAAUGAGUUCCGUCAUGUUGUCGGCAUCAAGAAGUUGUUUCCUGAUGUCAGUGGUACUCGCCUGGUCUUCAUGGAUGACAAGAAAGAUGGAUAUGUGUACAAUCCUGUGAAUGACCAGCUAGUCGAGAUACCAGAUUUCUCCCCGUAUAUCCGUGGUGUGUUAUGGGAAAUGUGGACACUGGACCGAGGCACAUUCAUCGCAUAUGACGAGGAGAAAAUAUACACAUACAUGUACUCCCGCGAACAUGUCACAGGUGUUCGCUGUGACCUGGUUGGUGCUACAAAGCUUCCGUAUGGUCAGAUUCCUGUGUUGUUGCACAAUGGAGAGGUCUCGCUGCAAACACAGAGCGGGAAACUAGUGACAAUCGCCCUUGAUUCACAUGCAUACCUCUUCAUUGACGCUAUAGAGGGCAAGAGUAUGAAGGAGUUGAGUGAAUGUCUUGACCAGACUGUUGCUUUGAAAAGAUGGAAGGACGGUUGGAUCUUCUGUACCCAGAUGAACACAAAGGAAUCCUGGACAAAACUGGGAUAUGCUGCCCUAAAAAGCCUGGAUGUUGAGUUUGCUAUCCGAGUGUUCAGGGAACAGGGAGAUGUGGGACUUGUGACUUCACUCAUGCAAAUCAGGCACCUUGAGGAUCGGAACCAGCUAUCUGGCUACAUUGGCAUGUACCUUGGGGAGUUUAACCUAGCCCAGGACCUCUUCCUAGCCUCCAGCAAACCACUCGCAGCACUUGAAAUGCGACGUGACUUACUCCACUGGGACAGUGCACUACAGCUGGCCAAGGCCCUUGCCCCAGACCAGAUCCCCUACAUCAGCAAGGAGUAUGCCCAGCAACUUGAGUUUACAGGCGACUACAUGACGGCCCUCUCCCAUUACGAGAAGGGUAUCACAAGACAGGAGCAGGAUAGGGACCAUGAUGAAGUGUGUGCGGCCGGGGUUGCCAGGAUGUCCAUACGUAUGGGGGAUAUCAGGAGGGGUGUUGGUAUGGCCAGCAAGAUGCCCAGUCGUGUCCUGAAGAAGGAGUGUGCAACCAUUCUGGAGAGCAUGAAGCAAUGGCAAGAAGCAGCCUUACUGUAUGAACAGGGUGGAUUCUAUGACAAGGCAGCCUCUGUCUACAUCAGGAGCAAAAACUGGGCGAAGGUUGGAGAGUUGUUGAAUCAUAUCACAUCCCCCAAAAUUCACAUCCAGUAUGCUAAAGCCAAGGAGGCCGAUGGUCGAUACAAGGAGGCAGCAGAGGCUUACAGGUGUGCCAAGGACUGGGAUAAUGUCAUCAGGAUCAACCUGGAGUUUCUACAGAACCCAGAGGAGGCUGUGAAGAUAGUGAGAGAUGUGCAGUCUGUCGAGGGUGCUAAGAUGGUUGCCAAAUUUUUCCAGAAGUUGAAUGAUUAUGGUUCAGCCAUUCAGUUCCUGGUCAUGUCCAAGUGUAAUGAUGAGGCAUUCCAGCUGGCACAGCAGCAUAACAAGAUGGAGAUUUACGCCGACAUCAUUGGAGCUGAUGCCACUCCGGAGGACUACCAGAGUAUUGCCCUGUUCUUUGAGAAUGAGAAGAACCACUUCCUCUCCGGCAAGUUCUUCCUUCUUAGUGGACAAUAUAACAGGGCAAUGAAACACUUCUUGCGAUGUGAUGGUGAGAACAGCCAGGCUAUCGAGUUGGCCAUUGAAACAGUGGGCCGGGCAAAUGAUGACCAACUCACGCAUGAGCUUGUUAACUUCCUUAUGGGAGAUACUGAUGGAGUGCCUAAGGAUGCAAAGUACCUAUUCCGAUUGUAUAUGGCCUUGAAGCAGUUCCGGGAGGCAGGCAGAACAGCCAUUAUUAUAGCCAGAGAGGAACAAAGUGCUGGUAACUACCGGAAUGCCCAUGACGUCCUGUUCAGCAUGUAUCAGGAGUUGAAGCAACAGAAGAUCAAGAUACCCACAGAGAUGGCAACAAACCUCAUGAUUUUACACAGCUACAUACUCGUCAAGAUUCAUGUGAAGAGAAGUGAUCAUUUGAAGGGAGCCAGAAUGUUAAUACGAGUAGCAAAUAACAUCAGUAAAUUCCCAUCACACAUAGUUCCCAUUCUGACCUCCACUGUGAUAGAGUGCCACAGAGCGGGCCUGAAAAACUCCUCCUUUAGCUAUGCUGCAAUGUUGAUGAGACCGGAGUACAGGAACCAGAUAGACCUGAAGUACAAAAAGAAGAUAGAGAUGAUCGUGCGGAAACCGGACAAGACCGAGGAGGAAGAGCCAUUGUCUCCGUGUCCAUACUGCGGGUUCCAGCUGCCCGAGACGGAACUGCUGUGUCCCGAGUGCAAGGGGAACAUCCCGUACUGCACCAUCACUGGUCGACAUCUUGUGAAGGAUGACAUGACUGCCUGUCCUAGCUGUGAUUUUCCUGCUAUAUUUUCAGAAUUUAUCAAGCUAAUGGAGACAGAAGAGAAUUGCCCGAUGUGUUCUGAGAAGGUGAUCAAACAGAACCUACAGAAGGUGUCCGACAGUCAUCGCUACCUCAGUCCAGAGGAGGGGACAGAAUAACUGCAGGGGUAGACGAUAAUAAAUCUGGGGUGGCGUCAGACCACGGGCUAUGAGAAGAAAAUAAGACUUAAAGAGGACCUUGAAACAAAAUUGCUAUUAGCCUAUAGUAGAAGCAGUGCUCUAACUUAUUUCUGAUUGACUGUGAUCACAUUGCAAUAGUGCUAAUAGUUCUCAAGCCUUCACAAUGAGUUUGACCUUUGUUUUCAAAAUACAGACAAUACUUUGUAAGACCAGUUAAAAAGAUGAAUGUCUUACACUACAUACAUGUAUAACUGUAUUGUUUGAGUGAAGGUUUAUGUAUGAACCAAAUCUGUUAUUGUAUUUAUUUCUCAACUCUUGCUUUAUCUCUAAAUAAUGUGAUGAUUCUCCACAUCAUUAUAUCAACUCUCAGUUAAUAUAUUGAUGAUUGCUGAAAUGAGAUUUAUUAUACUUAUAUGUAUUGAGUUACUUAUGAAGUUUAUGAAUAUUUAAAUGUGCAUCUUGUUUCCGUCCUUACAUUCCAUUAUGUGGAUUCUAUAUUUUACAUUCUAUUGAUAUUUAAGAAUAAAGUUUGUGAUAGUC